AUAAAAAGCAUCGGUGUACCAAAGGCUCCAUUAUUGGAUAAGCAAAGGAUCCGUCCAGUCACUGCCAUCGAGUCAAGCACGUUGUCUUCGUCUUCUUCCUCAUCUUUUUAUUCCAACACACAAAGCCAAAACCCACUUUCGUUUCGAAAAGUUCGUCGCAUAAAUGAUAAACCCUUCUUCGGUAUCACUACUUUGAUGAAAGCGACCUUUGUUUGUCACAUUUACCUUACAAUGUUAUUUAAUCGACUAAAUGUCAAACAAGGAUAAUUUUGGUCUCCUUUAAUUGCAUUUUCUAUCCAAAACAUUCCGUUUUUUGUUUGUUGAUUGAAUAUAUUAAGAGGGUUGUUUGUGACUUGUGAGCGAUUGAGUUCGCCCUCGACAAUGGCGGAUUUUCGAGUGUGUGUGGUGUUAAGUCUACUGUGUGCGAUUGCUGUGAGCGUGGAAUCGAAGUAUAUGGUUUACGAUACUGCACAGGGGGUCGUGAAGGGGAAGCUUAAUGUUCAUAUGGUACCCCAUACCCACGACGAUGUUGGUUGGUUGAAAACCGUUGACCAAUACUAUGUUGGAUCCAAUAACUCCAUUCAGGGGGCAUGCGUCCAAAACGUUCUUGAUUCCAUGGUUCAAUCUCUGUUGGUUGACAAGAAUCGGAAAUUCAUCUAUGUUGAACAGGCAUUUUUCCAGCGGUGGUGGAGGGACCAAAGUGAGGCAAUCCAAGAGACAGUGAAACGCCUUGUUAGUUCAGGACAACUUGAGUUGAUAAAUGGGGGGUGGUGCAUGCAUGAUGAAGCAGCACCUCAUUAUAUUGACAUGAUAGAUCAGACUACACUUGGGCAUAAAUUUAUCAAACAACAAUUCAAUGUAACACCAAGAAUUGGGUGGCAAAUUGACCCUUUUGGACAUUCUGCAGUUCAAGCUUACCUUUUGGGGGCAGAGGUUGGAUUUGAUUCUGUUUUCUUUGGCCGAAUUGAUUACCAAGAUAGAGCUAAACGAAAAGGUGAUAAACAACUUGAAGUUAUAUGGAGGGCCUCUAAAAGUCUUGGUUCAUCUUCACAGAUUUUUGCAGGUGCUUUUCCCGAAAAUUAUGAACCUCCAAGUGGUUUCUACUUUGAAGUCAAUGAUGAUUCCCCAAUUGUCCAGGAUGACAUCAACUUGUUUGACUACAACGUCCAAGAGCGUGUUAAUGACUUUGUGGCUGCAGCCUUGUUUCAGGCAAAUAUUACACGUACAAAUCACGUAAUGUGGACAAUGGGGACCGAUUUCAAGUAUCAAUACGCAGAGUCAUGGUUUCGAAAUAUGGACAAAUUAAUUCAUUAUGUGAAUCAAGAUGGUCGUGUCAAUGCUCUGUAUUCCACUCCAUCAAUAUACACCGAUGCUAAAUAUGCUGAAACAGACUCAUGGCCUCUUAAAGAAAAUGAUUAUUUUCCAUAUGCAAGCGAUAUAAAUACCUACUGGACAGGAUAUUUUACUAGUAGGCCAGGUGUGAAGGGGUAUGUCAGAAUGUUAAGUGGCUAUUACUUGGCAGCAAGGCAAUUGGAAGUGAUGAAGGGAAGGAACAAAGCGGGGCCCACUACGGAUUCUUUGGGUGAUGCUUUAGGGAUUGCACAACAUCAUGAUGGAGUUAGUGGAACUGAACAACAACAUGUGGCUAAUGAUUAUUCAAAACGUUUGGCAAUAGGUCAAAAAGAGACUGAAGUGGUAGUUGCAGAGUCUAUAGCUUGUAUGGUGUCAUCGACACCUGGAUGUGGAAGUUUAGCAACCAACUUUCAACAGUGUCCACUUCUGAACAUAAGCUAUUGCCCUCCAACUGAAACGGAUCUAUCAUCUGGUAAAAAAUUGGUGGUGGUUGUCUACAAUUCCCUGGGGUGGAAGAGAUCUGAUGUUAUAAGACUUCCAGUUGUGAGCGAGAAUAUUGCUGUCUAUGACUCCAAUGGAAAAGAAAUCGAGUAUCAACUUCUCCCCAUAGUAAAUGACGCUAUUGCCCUUAGAAACUACUACACCACUGCAUAUACAGGCAAAUCACCAAGCUCAACUCCCAAGUAUUCACUUGCAUUUACAGCAUCUGUUCCACCUCUGGGAUUUACCACAUACGUCAUUUCAACCACAAAAAAGCCAGCUUCGAAUUCUGUAAAUGAAGCAUUUUACAAGCAUACUGAAACAGGAAAAGAUUGGAUAGAAGUAGGGACAGGAAAUUUGAAGUUAAUCUAUUCUGGAAGUGAAGGAAAGCUUUCUCAAUAUGUUAACAGUCGAAGCUCUAUCACUGCCUCUAUGAAGCAAUCAUAUAGCUUUUAUGCUGGAUUUGAUGGAACUACUGGAGAACAGGCAUCUGGAGCGUAUAUUUUCCGUCCAAAUGGUACAUAUACUAUUGGUACACAGGAGCAGACUCCCAUAAAGGUUUUGAAUGGGCCAAUAUAUGAUGAAGUACAUCAGAAAAUAAAUCCAUGGAUUUACCAGAUCACUAGAGUGUUCAAGAAUAAGGAGCAUGCUGAAGUUGAAUUUACAGUGGGUCCCAUACCUGUUGAUGAUGGAGUUGGGAAAGAGAUUGUAACUCAGAUCACAACCACCAUGAAGAGCAAUAAAACAUUUUACACAGACUCUAAUGGGAGAGAUUUUCUUCAAAGGAUUCGAGACUAUAGAGAGGAUUGGGAUCUUGAAGUGAAUCAACCUAUUGCUGGAAAUUAUUAUCCUGUCAAUCUUGGAAUUUACCUAAAAGACGAAACAAGUGAGCUCUCACUUUUAGUGGAUAGAUCCGUAGGUGGAUCCAGCAUUGUUGAUGGGCAAUUGGAGUUGAUGCUUCAUAGGAGAUUGCUUUAUGAUGAUGGAAAAGGUGUUGCAGAGGCACUAAAUGAAACAGUUUGCGUUGGUAACGAUUGUAGAGGAUUAACUGUUCAAGGUAAAUACUAUCUUAGGAUCGAUCCGGUUGGAGUGGGUGCCAAGUGGCGCCGAUCCUAUGGUCAAGAAAUAUAUUCUCCACUUCUUUUGGCCUUCACUGAGCAGGACGAAAAAACAGGGACAAAUUUCCAAGUGUCCACAUUUUCAGGAAUGGAUUCCUCCUACAGUCUUCCUGAUAACGUAGCAUUGUUAACACUCCAGGAGCUGGAAGAUGGAAAAAUUCUUCUCCGAUUAGCACACUUAUAUGAGAUUGGAGAGGACAAAGAUCUUUCGGUUAUGACAAGUGUCGAGUUAAAGAAACUAUUUGCAAAGAGGAAGAUAACAAAUGUAUCUGAAAUGAGCUUAUCGGCUAACCAAGGAAGAGAAGAAAUGGAAAAGAAAAGAUUGGUGUGGAAAGUAGAAGGGUCAAAGGAGGAUAAAUCACCUACAACCCAAAGGGGUGCACCUAUUGAUCCUCAAAAAUUGGUUGUUGAGCUUGCCCCUAUGGAAAUUCGAACCUUCAUAGUCACUUUACAAGGUAAGACAAUACCCCGGAGAUUGGUGAGCUCGGAUCUUAUUCCACAAUAAUCUGCUUUGUGAAUCGGCCUAAGUAGAUUCAAUACAUGCAUUUUGAUGGUUGUAAUGUGUAUCUACAUUUGAUCUAGUAGUGGUUAUGACUAUUUAAAUAAAUAAAUUCAUCUUUUAGAGAUGUUAUCA